AUGCACCUCCUCCCAUCCCAGUGGGCGUGGCUGCCACUAAUCAUGCUCUUGGCCAUGCUAAUCACCCGAGUCGUGGGCGUGGACAGGAGGAAUCACCUGGACUUGGCCCGCACAGAUAAUCGGUUAACGAGGCUACCGUUCUUUGGCGGCGGAGUGGGUCACCUGCUGCGCUAUCUGCACCCACUGGCCAUGGGGAAUCCCCCAUCCCCACCCAGUGGCCGGAUCAACGAGCUGCGCAGCGAACUGGACCCCAACUACGUGAGCUACCGCGGAGCCCAGCUAUGGAAGCUUAACUUUAAUGCCACUCGAGGAUCAUCCAUGGAGGAGGACCGCGAGGAGGAGGAGGCCGAGUCGGGGGAACUGGAGCAGGGGCGACAGGUGGACGACAACGACGACUCCUCACCGGAUGCCCAGUUCAACGAGGUGGUUGCUCUAUUCGGAGGUGGAUGUGGAGCAGUUCUAGGCAUCAGCCGCCAGCGUCUUCUCCUUUGGCGUAGUGUCUCUGUGCCGGAACUCACAGGGCUCUCGGGCCUGCCGCUGGCUCUGCUGACCCUAAACAGCAGCGAACUGGUGGCCACCACCUUCGAAGGAUUGCAGUGGCUCUCGCCGACGGAUUUGCGACGCUACGACUUCCUCUCCCCAGGAUCCUCGUAUCAGAUCAACAGGCGCUAUCGCAAUGGGAGCCAUGUGCAACGCUACCAUGGGCAUCAGCUGUGGAAGGUCCAUGAGACGAGACUGGCCCAGCCGCAGCUUCGGGCCUUUUGGCGACACUUUGGCAGCGAAGUGUGGAACAUCAACCAGGAUGGCAUCGAUAUCCUCAUCGAGCAGCGGAAUGUGGCCAAUGCCCGGAAGUUCAUGGAGAAGGUCGGAUUCAGCUACAACAUCAUGAUCGAUGACAUUGAAGCCGCCAUUGAUGAGACCUAUGUGGAAGUGCCGGCCGUGGAGCACCCGCUGGACACCGUCCGGAAUGGCUCACUGCCUUGGAUGGAGCGACCGGGAACGCUGAUGAGCUGGCGGCGCUAUCAUGACCAGGCCGAUAUCCAGCAGUUCAUGCAGACGCUGCUCGAGCACCACUCGGAGAUGGUGGAAAUCAUACAGAUUGGAGUCACGCGCAACAAGCGACCAAUGGAGGUCAUCAGAGUCUCCAAUGGCAAUCCGGAUAACUGGGCCGUGUUUGUGGAUGCUGGGAUGCAGGCCAGGGAUUGGCUGAGUCCCGCCGCCUUGACCUACGCCCUGUCCAAGCUGACCUAUCUCUGGGACCAGGGCCAGCUGGAGAAGGCAAUGCGUGACAUUGACUGGUACUUCCUGCCCCUGGCCAACCCCGAUGGCUAUCAGUACUCCCGGCACACGGACCGCCUCUGGACCAAAAACCGAGCCCAUGAUCCGGCCACCGGUUGCUAUGGCGUCAAUUUGGACAGGAACUUUGAGUACGGCUGGGGAGGCACUGGUUCCACGAGCAGUCCCUGCAAGAACCUCUAUCGUGGACCGAAGAGCUUUUCCGAGCCGGAGACCCGCGCUUUGCGCAGCUUCCUGACCGGAUUGCGCGAGUAUCUCGGCGCAUAUAUAUCCCUGGGAGGCUAUGGCCAGGCCAUUGCCUAUCCCUGGGGCGACGCCGACUUUGUGACGGAGAACCAGCAUGACCUGAAGCAUGUGGCAAGGAGGGCUGUGCUCGCCCUGAGGAGACUCAACCAGGCGGAGUACUCGUCGGGCACCAGCUACCGCCAGAAGCUGGCCAGGCCAGGGAACUCGGCGGAUUGGGUGCAGGAUCGCGUUGGGGGUCAACUGGUGUACGAUAUGUUCCUCAAGGAUCAGGGACGCUACGGCUACCUGAUGCCCCCACACUAUAUAGUGGAGUCGGGGGAGGAGGUGUUCGAGUUCUUAAGGAUCAUAGCCCAGCAGUUGCAGUAA